AUGGGAUCUCUCAAAGCGUCCGAGCUAGACGCCCAAUUCGACUGCUACAACGACAAGUUUGUGUUUCCGACCUUUGGGUCGAUGGGACUGGAGGGUCCAGCCGAGGAGAAGGUGAAUUACCUGUGUGGGAACUCCCUCGGGCUGAUGCCCAAAAGUGUGCCCCGGGCCAUCAACGACGAGCUGGACGCCUGGGCCGCCAGAGGAGUCGAGUCGCAUUUCCGCCACCCUAAUGAAGGUACUGGCGGCACCGCGUGGAUGGAUAUCGACCUGCCUGUGGUCCCACUCUUGGCUCCGAUCGUGGGAGCCAAGACUUCGGAAGUUGCAUGCAUGGGAACGCUAACGAUGAACCUGAACUCGUUGCUAUGUGCUUUUUACAAGCCAACCAGCCAGAAGUACAAGAUUCUGUUUGAAAAAGGUGCUUUCCCGUCCGACUACUAUGCAUUUCUCAACAUGGUCAAAUUGCACGGGUACUCCGAGUCUGCGUUGAUCCAGAUCGAGCCGAGAGAAAACGAGUUCACGUUGCGCACACAAGACAUUCUGGAUGCGAUCGACAAGAACGCCGAGUCCUUGGCACUGGUGUGUUUGCCAGGAAUCCAGUACUAUACUGGACAAUAUUUCGAGAUUGAGAAAAUUACCGCUUUUGCACAGUCGAGAAACUGUGUGGUUGGCUGGGACCUCGCGCACGCGGUGGGAAACGUGGAUCUGAAACUCCACGACUGGAACGUUGAUUUUGCCGCUUGGUGUUCGUACAAGUACCUAAAUGCGGGCCCUGGAGCCAUUGGAGGAAUUUUCGUUCAUGAGAAACACUGUGAAGCAUCACGGCCACGGCUUGCGGGGUGGUGGGGAAAUAACGCAGAAGAACGUUUCAAGAUGCUUGAGAAGUUCACACCCAUUGAGAGUGCGUUGGGCUUUCGCCAGUCCAAUCCGAGCGUGAUUGACGUUGUGUCACUUAAAGCUUCUUUAACCACCAUGCACGAAUGUGGUGGCAUCAAUAAGCUUCGCGUAAAGAGCAUGCAGCUGACUCGGUUUUUGGAAUCAUUGUUGCGGAAGUCGCCGUACUAUCGCAGCGCAGAAAAGCAAGGCGAUGACGCUGCUCCACACUUUGUUAUCUUGACUCCGUCUGACCCUGACCACAGAGGAGCCCAGUUAUCGCUGUUGUUCAAGCCAGAAAGCGUGAUGGACAAGAUCUUCAGCUACCUCAACUCGCGCGGCGUGAUCUGCGACGAGCGGCGUCCGGACGUUAUCAGAUUGGCCCCCACGCCUGCAUACAAUAGCUUCCUCGACUGCGAAAAAUGCGUUACCCUGCUUAAUCACGCAUUUUCCAGCUUGACAUAA